AAGUUAUCGGUGUCCUUGUGUUAGCAGUCGCGCACUGUAUGCUGGUUAGGACAGGGAAGCCUAAGCUUGUGCAUUACAGUCCUGUAAAGGCCGGGUCGGUGUUCAGUUUUAAAAAUGAUGGCAGCGAGGUUUCUCCUUCGUCGCGCGGCUCCUGCGCUGAGACACGCGCGCUGCUAUGCUGACGCGCCCACAUCGCAGAUGUCCUUCACUUUCGCAUCGCCGACACAGGUGUACUUCAAGGAAGCCAGUGUAAGACAGAUUGAUGUCCCAACACUGACAGGCACCUUUGGUAUCCUCCCGGCCCACGUUCCCACACUGCAGGUGCUCCGGCCCGGUGUAGUCACCGUCUUCAAUGACGAUGGUUCUUCUACAAAGUAUUUCGUGAGCAGUGGAUCAGUGACGGUCAAUGCCGACUCUUCAGUGCAGCUACUGGCAGAGGAGGCUUUUCCUCUCGACACCCUCGAUCUUGCAGCAGCGAAAGCUAACCUCGAGAAAGCCCAGUCAGAACUGGGGGGAGCUUCAGAUGAGGCAGCCAGGGCAGAGGUUCUGAUCAGCAUGGAGGCAAAUGAGGCUAUCGUCAAGGCACUAGAGUAAACACCUGGUUGGAAAUUCUGUUGGUGUUUUAGAUCUCCAGCUUUGUGUUCCCCAGUGAAGUCUGAAACCAUAAGAUGUAACUGCUUGAUUUGUACAGUGGAUGAAAUUACCAAUAAAUGUAUUUGGAAGUAAUGGA